UAUACAUAGGUCGCUUGAAAUCAGAGACCUACGUUAAAGCUUGGUCAAUAAAAAUGGUAUGUACUGUAACUAAUACGUACAUCAUCAAUAUAUAAUAUUUUUCCGAAUAUCACUAAUGCGUCAUUUAUCAUUCACAGUCUGAUUUUGGAUCAGUGAGUCUUGACUACUUACUGUCGCACUGUCGGACCAGCAGCAAGUGUUUGGAUAUUGGACCAUUCAAGUCAUAGAGCGCAAGGACAGAUUGAGGAGCAAAAAUGUUCCUUCUAGAAGAAUACUACCGAACUGGAUUCAAGAACUGGACACUCCGUCUGGGACAUCCAUUCAAUGGAAAAUGACCUUUCCUAUUCACCUGUUGAUGAAAAAAUUAAUACAGGACCUGCUUUGAAGCACACAACUAGUCACUUGCAGCAUCUUCAAUCCCAAUUGGGGUAUUCUCAACAGACCUUCUUUUUCUUAAACAAGGAAGUCACCAUGCCUAAAGGAAGGAAACCGAGUGAUGACCCAGAAAAGGUUGUAAACAUUCUUCUAGAUAACAGAGACAGACUUUUCAAUGCAGGUACACUACGAAGCCCAAAAGACAGUGUUUGGGAGGAAAUAAAACGGGAAGGAAAUAUUAUACUAUCGGCUAAAGGACUAUACACGUUUGUUCUAGCAAACAGACAUAAUAUUCUCCAACUUUUGUUGUCUUGUGAGAGCAAUAAUGAUGGAAAUUCGAUACCAUCUGUACAUGUCACAGGCGAAAAUACAAUGUCACCUAAAAAUAAGAAUGACCAGGAGUCAGAAAGGUGGAAACACGUAGAAGAAAAAGAAGUAGGAGAAGGAGAAGGAGAGGGAGAAAAAGAAGAAGAAGAAGAAGGAGGAGGAGAAGAAGAAGAAGAAGAAGAAGAAGAAGAAGAAGAGAAGAAGAAGAAGGAGGAGGAGGAGAGGAAUAUGAAGAGUACAAAGAUGAAGAAGACUUCAACGAUCAUUCAAAUAAUCAACCAACAAGUGAAUUCAACCUUUUCAUACCAAAUGACAAAUGGGAAGCAAUGA